AUGUCCAGUCAUCAAAAGAAGUGCUCGCCAAUACCGUCUUCAGCCCAACCUUAUGAUACCAAAGAAAAAACCGGGAAAUGGAGAUCUUUUAAAGAUUCUUUCAAAAGAUAUGAGGCCUUUGAUGAAGAAGAUGAUGAAAAAUUGAAAAACUUAACUGAUAUUGAAAGGGCAAACAUUAGAACUGCCAAUUCGCCUUUGCAAAGAAAAUUAAAUAGUAGAACUAUUACUAUGAUCGCAAUUGGUUCAAGUAUUGGGAAUGGUUUAUUUGUUGCAUCCGGUAGUGCAUUAAAUGCCGGGUCCGCUGGUGGAUUAUUAGUGGCCUAUGGUAUAACUGGAUCAGCUAUUUAUUGUACCAUGCAAGCAUUGGGGGAAUUAGCUUGUGAAUUCCCAGUUUCUGGUGGGUUUAAUUUAUACGCUAGUCGUUUUUGGGAACCUUCAGUUGGUUUUGCAGUAGCUUAUAACUAUUUCAUUCAAUUUCUUGUUUUAUCGCCAUUGGAAUUGGUCAGUUGUGGGAUCGUUAUGAAAUAUUGGAAUAAAUCUAUCAAUGCCGAUAUUUGGAUCCUUAUUUUUUACAUUAUAGUGGCUUCCAUAAAUUUAUUUGGAGUUAGAUUUUAUGGUGAAACAGAAUUUGUUUUUUCUUCAAUUAAAGUCAUUGCUGUUAUUGGUUUCAUCAUAUUAAGUGUCAUUUUGGCUGCUGGUGGUGGCCCUGAUGGUCAAAGUGUUGGUACUAAAUAUUGGCAUGAUCCUCCUCCCUUUGCUACAGGGUUCAAAGGUGUUGCUUCAGUUUUUGUUACUGCUGCUUUUUCCUACGGUGGUACAGAAUUAGUUGGUUUAGCUGCUGCUGAAGCUCAAAAUAUUCGUACUACCAUUCCUCGGGCAAUUAAACAAGUUUUCUGGAGAAUUUUAAUGUUUUAUAUGGUUUCUUUAACCUUAAUUUGUUUUUUGGUUCCUUCAAACUCUGAUAAAUUAUUAGGAGCCUCUAGUGUUGAUGUUACCGCUUCUCCUUUCGUAAUUGCCAUCGAAAAUAGUGGAGUCAAAGGUUUACCUCAUGUUAUGAAUGCUGUCGUUUUGAUUUCUUGUAUUUCAGUUGCUUCAACUUCGGUUUAUGCCACUUCAAGAACUCUUAACUCUUUAUCUGAACAAGGUUUAUGUUGGAAAUUUUGCUCCUAUGUCGAUCGUGCUGGUCGUCCAAUCGUUGGUAUAAUAAUAACAAAUGUGUUUUCAUGUAUUGCCUUCAUAGCAGCUAGCGGUAAAGAAGGAGUCGUUUUUGAUUGGUUAUUGAGUAUUUCUGCUUUAAGUUCAAUUGCUUCCUGGCUCACGAUUAAUUAUUGUCAUAUUAGAUUUAGAAGAGCUUUAAAAGUUCAAGGUAGAUCUCUUAAAGAUUUGGCGUUCACUUCUAGAUCAGGUGUACUUGGAUCAUGGUAUGCCUUACUUGUUAACGUCUUGGUAUUAAUAGCUCAAUUUUGGAUUGCAUUAUUUCCUACUGGUGGUAAGCCUAGUGCAAAUAACUUCUUCCUUUCUUACUUAGGUGGGGUGGUGUUAUUACUCUUUUAUUUUGGUCAUAAGAUCUGGAAGAAAAAUUGGAUUUUCCAAAUUAAAGCUAAAGAUAUUGAUAUCGAUACCGGUAGAAGAGAAACUGAUAUGGAAGCUUUAAGACAAGAAUUGGAAGAAGAAAAAAUGAUACUUCAAUCUAAACCCCUUUAUUAUAGAGCUUACCGUUUUUGGUGUUGA